UAGGCGCAUCCAUUGUGAAUGAACACUCGUCAACAAAACUCCGAAAACUUGUCAGGGAAGCAACGACAAGACAGAGACAUCUGGAACUUUUAUCCGUCUUCGCACCUCCUCUCUACGCUACUUUCUCGCACCUUGACAGAAAGGAGAAGAGGCCAAUGGGGGAGGAAGUGAAAGUGGAUAAAUGGGGGUAUGAGGUGAACACCUCCUCCGAUGCUUGCAUCUCUGCCAUCAACGCAUACUACCACCAGUUGAUGAUUUACGGGAGAGAGAGGUCCGUGAUUCUGGAAGCGCCGCUUCGCGAUCAACACUGCGUAUUAGCCAACAUAUUGGCUGCUCAUUUCCUCUGCUCCAACGAUCCUUCCCGUGCUCCGCUCCACAUUCAGGCCGCCAAGUCUCGCCUCCAACAAGCCUCCGCAUAUGAGAAAGCGGUUUUCGAUGCCGUCAGCUGUUUGAUUUCCCAGGACAGGGAUGAUGAUCUUGCUCUGGAGUUGCACUCUAAGUUAUUAAAAGAUUUUCCAAGAGAUCUGGUAUCUUUAAAGAGGGCUCAAGUGUUUUGCUUUUACAUGGGUCGACCUGAUCUAUCUUUCAAUCUUGUUCAACAGGUUCUACAUGAAAACCAGAAUGAAAAUUACAUUUAUGGCAUGCUUGCCUUUAGUUUAUUAGAGUGUGGUCAAAUGGAAGAUGCUGAAAAAGCUGCAAAAAGGGGAUUUGAGAUCAACAAGCAAGAUUGCUGGUCACAACAUGCUUUGUGCCAUGUUCUUCAAUAUGAGUGUCGUUUCAAAGAAGCAGUAGAGUUCAUGGUAGAAUGCUCAUCCUCAUGGAGUUUGUGUUCAUCUUUCAUGUUGACACACAACUGGUGGCAUGUUUCUCUUUGUUACUUAGAAGGUCAUUCCUCAAUCAGAAAAGUCCUGGAGGUUUAUGACGAUUAUAUCUGGAAGGAGUUGGAAAGACCUGACGCUGCAUCUGCAGAGGUGUACUUGAAUGCUCUGGGAUUGUUAUUGCGGGUAUAUGUGCGAGGUCAUGCUGUUGUCUUUGAGGACCGUCUGAAGACCUUAGUGAGCCGUUUGACAGAUCAAUCCACCUGGUAUAUAGAAUGGCACCUUGAUUUGCUGACAAUAUGGGCUUUGGCUAGCACUGGAGAAUUGGUUAAAGCAGAGGCUUUACUCCAGGGCUUGAAAUCCAGGCUUUCUAGGAUGAGCAUGAAGAAGCAACAAACCAUGCAGAGAGGGAUUCUGCUUGCAGAAGCCCUAUACGAGUAUGGUAGGGGUAACCACAAACGAGCACUGGAAUUGCUUGGUCCAGAUUUUAAUGCCAAUCACUGUAAGAUGAUUGGGGCAUCAGAUGAACAGCUUGAUGUUUUUAAUGAACUUUGGUACAGCAUGUUGCUGAGCACGGGACAAGCUACGAAGGCAAUUGAAGUGAUUGAAAAGCAGGUUAAGAAUAGGGAAGGAGUCCCUUUCUUGUGGCGUCUGUUGGAGAGAGGUUACUCCAUGACUGGCAAGCAGGAAGCGAGGGUUGCAGGCGAGAAAGCUAUGGCUUUGGAGACUUCAUAUUUCAAAUAGCUGGCAUGAAUCGACCGGGCUGACAUUUUUUGCUCUGCCAGCCCUAGUGCUUAAUGAGGGUGAACUGUUGCUCCCCUGAUCUCGGGCAUGUCAUCAUAUAGUUUAAAUCGAAUAUUUAGCACAUUUCUGGUGAUGUAUCAUAAUCAAUAAAUAUGUAAUUUGACAUGAGCGCAUUUCCUCUCUAUAUUUAGGUGGUAUGUGUUUUUUUUA